AUGAACUCACUGGAGCAGGCCGAAGGUUCUUCGUCAGACCUGAAAGCCUUUGAGAGAAGACUGACAGAAUAUGUCUCAUGUUUACAACCUGCAACAGGCAGGUGGAGAAUGAUUUUAAUCGUAGUGUCAGUCUGCACAGCCACAGGAGCUUGGAACUGGUUGAUAGACCCUGAUACACAGAAGGUGUCUUUCUUUUCAUCGCUGUGGAAUCAUCCCUUCUUUACCAUCAGCUGUAUCACGCUCAUAGCACUCUUCUUUGCUGGGAUACAUAAGCGAGUAGUGGCACCGUCGAUAAUAGCUGCCAGGUGUCGGACAGUAUUAGCAGAAUACAACAUGUCCUGCGAUGAUACAGGGAAGCUUAUACUCAAACCACGGCCAAACAUCCAGUAG